AUGGAGCAAACGGAGCAGACGGAGCAAAGGAUCAAAGGUGUACAAGUAAAUGUACAUGGUUUGAGGAGGAUCAAAAGGACGAAUGUGAAUUUCCUGUUUGAUGACAUAAAAAAAAGUAAAAAUGUUGAAGAACUGUUUUGGGAAAUAUCCAGAUGUAAUAAUAAAAUACAGAGUCUAAACAUCUUUGAAGGAGAACCAGUGAUAAAAUUAAGGAGAACGACAGAGACAGAUGUAGAAGUGAAUUACAUUAUAAAAGAGCGAAAUAACAAUUAUGUUAUAGGGACAAAUGUAAAUAACCGUGGAGAAGUAACAGGAGAUUUUGAGGUGCACAUGCCAUAUAUCUUCAAAUCAAUAAACAGUAUUGAAUUCAAAUCGAACAUAAGUAGUUUAUAUACAAACAAUUUUGCAAUUCGUUUCUUAAUUCCACAAAUAAGUAAGAAAAUAAAUUUUAAUUUAAUUCUUGAAGCUAAUCUAAGUAAUAUAAAUAACACACAACAUGCUUCUUAUAUGAUAAAAACUAACUCAUUUAAAACCAUUCUUGUAAAUCAAAAUCAUACACUUAUUUGGGAUAUAAGUUAUAAUACCAUUUUUCAUAAAAUAUGCAAAAAUUUUAUUCCAUCUGAUUUUGUGUUGAAAAUUCCUGGAAAUUAUAUCAAACAUAGUCUUCGUCAUGUGUACAAGAACAACCAGUUGCGUUACGACCUACCUGCUCUGGAAAAGUGCACAAAUGAGAGUGUCCACUUGAAGGUCGGAACCAACGGAGGUACAAAGGGCAACAUCAAAGGGGACUCAAACCCAGAUGAUCAAGGGGGCUGGCAUGGGAAUCCUGGACAAACACACACCAAUUACCCCACCUCUGGAUACUUCUACCAAGUGGAAAAUGAAAUUUCGCUUCCCUUUUGUGAAUGUAAUUUUUUUAGAAAUCAUUUUCAUUAUUUGUUUGUAAAACGGUUAAGCAAUAAAAUGUUCACAUAUAUGAUGUUUACAAAUGGUAUAAAGCAUGACUUUAAUAAGGCCAACCCAUACCACUUGGGAGCUUUUCAUUUUAGUGGGAGCAUUGGUAGUUCAUUAACCUUCAGAGGGUUUGAACAUAACAGCAUUGGGAAUACAGAUGUAUGCUACAAGUUCAACAGAAAAAAAAGAGAUUAUGAAAUUAAUUAUAAUUAUUUAGGGUCUAAUUUUAUCACAAGUUUUCAACUUGUAUUUAAAUACAUUUUAAAUUUUCAAAAUAUUAAUCCUAUUCUUUUUUUUUAUGUACAAUUGGGAAGAUUAAGCAAUCAGUUCUUUUCCUCUUUUAAUCAAUUAAAAAACGACACACGCGUGUCAGUUGGAAUUGGAUUCAUGACAUACAUUCAGAGGAACGUGUCCCUUGAACUCUUUUUCAAUUAUCCGCUCCUCCAUCAGCUCACUGACAGAACAAAGUAUUUCCAGGUCGGUUUGAACUUCAAGGGCAUGUUGUGA